AUGGUCUUUUUUCUGCGAAAUUGGUUAGUUAAAUCUUUCAAUGCCUUUUUAAAUAAUGAUAUUCAUGACUCUAGCCAUCAUAAUGUACAGAUAAUUGAUGUGCUAGAAAUACAAAAGUCUAAAAUAUUUUUAAUAAUCAGGGACAGAGAUUAUUUUGUAAAAGGAUGUAUUUCAAAAAAUAAAAAUAUUUUUUACAAGGGAAUGUGCAUAAAUAUAAAAAAAUAUUACAUAGAAUAUUAUUUACAAGAAUUUUAUAUCUAUAUCUUAGAUUAUAUUGAUCUGGGAUGUAUAUGCGAUAGUUUUAAUGAAACAUUGGAUAUUAAUACUAGAUUUAAAAAAGAAUUAGAAAGUUGUUUAUAUAAAAGCAUAGAUUAUACAGCAUUUGUAAAAAAUAAAAAUGACGAUUUUGAAUGUUUUGUUUUUAAAAAACAAACAAAAAAUGAAGAAAAAGUAGAUCUUUGUAACUCGAGUAAUAUUUUUAGUGAAAGUAUUUUAGUAAGCAGUUUAGAUGAUAAUCUACAUAAAGACAGUUUCUAUAAAUCGCUUAUUAAGAAACCAAUAGAAAAAAAUAUAGUUUUAGAAUAUGAUAAACCAAAUUUAUUAGACGAGAUGAUAAUAACAAAUUAUAAGCAAAAUACUAAUGUAAACUCCAUAACAAGCCAUUGUGAAAAUUUUGCUAAUAAAAAUACUUUAAUACCUAGUUCUUUAUCAAGUCUUGGUACAUUUGAUGAAAAUUUAUCUACCGAUAUAGAGAUUCAGAAUUCCAGUUCUAUAGAAAUCUUAUCUACUUUACCAAAUUUAAGUGUUUUAAAUGAUCAACAAAAAAAUUAUAAAGAAAUAAACUCUAAAAUGCAUGCUUCUAGUAUUUCUUCAGAUUUAAAGUACAUAAGUCCAAAAAAAAGUAAAAUCGAAGAAAUAAAAAAAUCACCGUAUCAGAAUAGAUUUUUUACUAAAAAUAUAAUAGAAAAGAAAAAAACUUAUAAUAUUUACCAACACUACUUACCUCAAUCUACUACAGAAUCAACCAAUAUAAAAACUAAAAAUCUAGUAUUAUAUAAAACAAAUGAAAGAAGAAGUAGAAUAUUUAAUUAUUUAGACAAUUUUGCAAAAUGUUAUAAAUUAAAAGAUAUUCUACUCAUGGCAGAAUUUUACUGUAACAAUUUAUAUAAGAAAAAUUUUUUGAUAUUUCUAUAUAAAAUUGUAUGGAAUAGUAUCCUACAAGGCUCAGUAUUACCAAUGAAUAUGACACAUAAGCAUCUUUUGAACAGAAAAGUAUUUUAUAAAAAUACAUUCUUGUAUGUUAGCAAUAAGAAAUUUACAUCUAGGCCUUAUAUAAAGAGACGUUUAAUGCCAGACACUAUACUAUUUAAUAAGAAAAAAAAUAUUUUACAGAAAAAAGUAAAAAAUAAAAUAAAUGUAAAUUAUAAAAUACAGAGAGGGGUUUACGACCUUAGUAUUUUGAAACAUGCAGAUACAAUUACAAAUUUAACAAACAUGUUUAUCACUAAAGAUAUUUACAAAUACACAAGCAAAAGUAAAAUCAAAUAUUUUAAUAUAACAAACAAACAGACACAACAAUACAAUAUAAAACCGAUAGAUGAAUAUCUAUUUUUAACAAAUAAUGAUGAUUUAUUUUUUGACAUAAAUUAUAAUAUUUUUAAUUGA